AUGGCCCCUCCAAAGCUCAACGGGCAGCUCCCGUACCAAAGCUGCAGACGUUUGUUCCAGCAACAAGCUCUGUCGAGACGAACCUUUACGACUUCUUCCCCAUCCUUCUCGGACGCGCCCAAGCAGACGUCGAGAUUCGCGAAAAAGACAGAAACCCAGGUCCCUCCCGUCGACCACACCCAGUCGAAGCCGAAUGUUGUGGUAAACCCACCAGUCGCACCGACGACCGUGCCGAGACCGUCUGCUGUGCGCCGCCCUGGCGUUGGGACACCUACAAUGGAGCCAAAGCAGCCGGUGGACAUCAACAGCAAGGAGUACAAGCGUGUGGCGAGAAAGGUCACGAGCCUCAUGGUUGCGCUGCCCUUCUUGAUUGUCACAUCGUACUACCUCUGGGACCGACUCUCUCUUGGCAGGCCAGUCCCUCCUCCGUCCGAUGAUGCCUCCUCCGCUCCGUCCUCUGAGCCCAAGAAAGCGUAGCGUUGUGAUCGACCAGCCGAAUGAAUGCGUUCAAACACCCUCCAGCAGGUUAUUCCCUGCGUGUCAGCAACAAAAACGUGGCAUCCAGUGGGCUUCCGUUUGUAGCAGGAUGCUCCUUGUUUGGUCGUCGUUGUCAAAUAUCAGCUCAAAGGUGGCUCUCAAUGCGAACCCAGGAUUGCCGAACAGAAUCCUAGAAAACACUUUUGGAUUCUCAUCAUGUUUACUGCCUCCCGACUUCUUCUUAGUCCGGCCCACUCUCAAGGUCGGCCACCUCCGUCAUCAGUCCAUGAAAUGUUGUCCAGAACAACAUCUCUCUCUCUCCCUGUCUCUCUCUGCUUCUCUCUCUGCUUCUCUUUCUG